AUGCACUCACAUGGGCGCCUGCUGUUUUGGCUGCUGUUUUGUUUAUUGUGCAUCGCGUCUGCAUGCGUCGCCAUCCUCGAGGCCACACACAAGGACGAGCCGCCUGGACAGGGCUCCCCGAAAGGCACGACAAAUUCCCGGCCGGCAGUCGUCAGCGCAGCGCCAUGGUGCGUUCAAGCUCCACACUUGCGAGCCUUGUUAGUCAAGAUCAGCGGCCAAGGCGAAGAAGCUGCAGAGCCGCAUGCGCACGGUUGGUCAGACCCUGCAUGUGAAGGCUGUCUUCCGCCGAUGCAUGACGUCAGGCGCACGCAUGUUGACAUGGCCGCUGUGCCUCUAAGCAAAAAAAAUCUCAGGGCGCUACCUCCUCGCUGCGGCAUGUUGGCCGAGUCUGCACCUGUGCCUGUGGCAUCGCUGCUCCAUCUACACGCCCGCCCCCGUGAACGACCGGUGACGAGCAUCCCCCAGUCCCUGCGUCUUGGUAGUCUACUGCCAGCCCAUCAACCUCCCCGCAACCAUGUGUAUGGCUACACCGACGACUCGGCCUGGCCGUCUGCCUGCAAACCGCUUCUUGGCCCAUGUCGGCGCUCCGCCCGCUUUGCAACGGUUGGCAAAAGUCAGACGCUCCGCCCGUCUUCACUUCGCAUCCCUACUCAACCACCCUCCCGAUGCUUGUACCCGUGA